CAACAACGGCGACCCGGCAGCUGCCUCCAGCUCUGACAACUGCGAAGGGACGCGCUCUCGGGACCGGCUCGCCGGCUGCGCGGCUCUGCACAGAAGGGGACCAGGAGGUGCCAAGCGCGGAGGGGCGCAGCCGCCUCUCCCCGGCCUCGCGUCCAGCCCCGCUGGGUUUGUUCACCGGGCUGUCAUCUGCUGCUCUCAGACCUUUGCUUAUUUUUGUUUUUAUUAUUAUUAUUAUUAUUGCUUUUGCGUCUAACAUGGUGAAGAAAGGAGUCAAGAAGAGAACAAAGUAAACUCCUGGUAGGGGGGAGUGAACAUCGCUGGGGGGACCACCGCCGCCACCACCGCCACUUCCAACCGCCGGCUCCUGCUGCUGCGGCCACCCACAUCCAGUGUCCCCCCGCCCCCCCGGUCCGGAGACUGGCCGAGCGGAGCGCGGAGCCGGGAGAGGCCGCCGGCGCGUCCGAGGAGUUAUGGAUGUUGGUGCAUUCACUGGGGGCCAGAUCCGCGCGCACACGGAGCUAAGCAGCGGCCGCCACCUCCAGCUGUCGUCUUCUUGCCGCCUCGCCCCAGGUCUUACCCUUCCAGUAUGUUCCUUCUGAUGAGACAAUUUCCAGUGCCGAGAGUUUCAGUACAAUGUGGAAAUGGAUACUGACACAUUGUGCCUCAGCCUUUCCCCACCUGCCCGGCUGCUGCUGUUGCUUCCUGUUGCUCUUCCUGGUGUCUUCGGUCCCUGUCACCUGCCAGCCCCUUGGUCGGGACAUGGUGUCACUAGAGGCCACCAACUCUUCCUCCUCCUCCUCCUCCUCCUCCUCUGCCUCCUCCUCCUCCUCCUCCUCCUCCUCCUCGGCGUCCUCCUCCUUCUCCUCUCCUUCCAGCGCGGGGAGGCAUGUGCGGAGCUACAAUCACCUCCAAGGAGAUGUGCGCUGGAGAAAGCUCUUCUCCUUCACCAAGUACUUUCUCAAGAUUGAGAAGAACGGGAGGGUCGGCGGGACCAAGAAGGAGAACUGCCCGUACAGUAUCCUGGAGAUAACUUCAGUGGAAAUCGGAGUUGUUGCCGUCAAAGCCAUUAACAGCAACUAUUAUUUAGCAAUGAACAAGAAGGGGAAACUCUAUGGCUCAAAAGAAUUUAACAAUGACUGUAAGCUGAAGGAGAGGAUAGAGGAAAAUGGAUACAAUACCUAUGCAUCAUUAAACUGGCAACACAAUGGGAGGCAAAUGUACGUGGCAUUGAAUGGAAAAGGAUUUCCAAGAAGAGGACAGAAAACAAGAAGGAAAAACACCUCAGCUCAUUUUCUUCCAAUGGUUGUCCAUUCAUAGAGGAAGGCAAUGUCUGUGGAUGAAGUAGAAACCAAGGCUCUUUUGCCAAGAAUAGUUGAUAUUCAUGAAGACAGUAGCUCAAAAGGCAAAGACGCAUUGCAGAUGUCUACUUGGUCGAAAGAAAGGAAGCCUUUGAUGGUUUUUAUACUCCCUGCUGACAUAUGAUGUUCUUUUAAUUAGUUCUGUGUCAUGCCUUAUAAUCGAGAUAUAGGCAGAUCAAAUGGGAUGGACGUUAUUCCUAAGUGAACGACUUUGUGGCUGGGUUUUUGGGUUAAGUUUUUGUCUUCAUUUUGUUUUUUAACCUCUGAAAUAGAAUUUAAAGGACACAGACCAAUCUGUUGAAUAAUCUUCGGGAAAGUUAUUUAUGGAAUACAAACUCAUUAUCAAAAACUUUCAUUGCUCAUUCAAGCCUUAUGAUUCAAUGAGCAGUAAGACACGCAAGCAUUUACUGGAAAGCACUUGGUUCAUAUCAUAUGCACAACCAAAGGAACUUUGGGUGUGGCAUCUUGGAAAAAUCGAAUAGGAUCAAACAAUGUAAACAUGUUAGUGUAAAUCUGUUCUAACAAAACAAAUAGUAUGGUAUGCUUGUGCAUUCUGCCUUCAUCCCUUUCUAUUUCUAAGUUAUUUAUUUAAUAGGAUGUUAAAUAUCUUUUGGGGUUUUAAAGAAUUUCCUCAGUGGCUGCCCUCUGAUUUGCCUUUUCUUUUUCUUCCGCACAUCACAUGCAUGUUCAUAACAAAGUGUUUUUAAAACUUGGCAAACACUUCUGGAACAGGAGAUGAGAGUGGAGAAGAGUUGAGUGUCCCUGUUCUCUCAGUGGGCUUAAUUUGCACUUCUGCAUUAAAAACCAUCAGUGAUGAAUGGUAUAGUGCCUCGGCUGGGCUUGAAUGUGGCAGGGUUUGCCAUCAUUUAAAAACAUAGAUCACUCCUAAGGCUUCCUUUCCUAAGAAAUAGACCAGAAUGUCAAAUUCUUCUCUUUAGUACAUCAGUGGGUCUCCAAGAAUAUACGAAAAGACGGAAAAAUAAGUGUUAAGUAUACUUUGGUAGCCUAGCCUCAUUAUUUACUAAUGAUUUAUUUUUUAAACAUGUCACAGUGGUAAGUGAUGUAGAGGCCGUCUGCAUAUUAUAAGAACCUUUUCUUAAGUACCACGUAGUGCAUCUCCCCCAAAGGAACUAUUAAGGAAUAUUGGCAUGAAGUGCAACUCUCCCAGGGGCUUAAACUGAGCAAAUAUAUCCUGGUAUAUGUGUAACCAUAUACUGAAACCUGUUCAAGCUGUAUGAUCUAGUCUUAUAAAACCCAAUAAAACUUACUUUCUGUAAAUUUAAAGAGCUUUGGAAAGUUCUGUAAUGUAGCCAUAUCAAAAUUCAUUUUGUUAGAGCAGGUAUAGAAAACAGCACGUAAGAGUAUACCAGUCAGCAUCACAUUGUAUUCCACUAAAUAAUUACAUAAGCCUUAUUUGCAGUGUCUGUAGUGAUAAAAAUGUAGAAAAUAAUGUUUGUUCUAAAUACUUUUAAGUGAUAACUAUAAGAUUGUAUUGAUGCUGCAGUUUAUCUUCAUAUUUCUUGUUUUGAAAAAAAAUGUUUUAUUGUUUGGACACAGUAUUUUGAUACAAGGAAAGACUCCUCACCAAAUGUGUCUUUUUUUUUUUUUAACCAAAGUUUAACCUCUAGAAAGGCUGGUGUUUUGCAACUCUUUUAUAACUCAAUUGUGUCAAUGCUUAACCAGCACUUCCAGUUAAUCGGUUAUUUAAGAAUUAGCUUUAUUAAGAAACUUUCCCAUAAAGUAAACCCGUAAAAGGCCAUCUUUUCCACAUUCCUUAAAAAAAUUGAGAUUCAACAGAGAUAGAUGCCUUUGAGGCAGAAUGUUUUUGGCUUAUGGCUAAAGUUGCAUUUCAUGGUCUUUGACUUCAACUUGUUUUGGGACAAAUGGGAUUCUGAAAACAUAACUUUUUUUUUUGUGGUUGGAAUCUGUAUGUUAAAAUUUAAUUGGUAACUUGGGUCUGGGAGUUAUCAUGUAAUGCACUCCUAUCAGAAUUCGAUUAUCUUUGUUCUUUUAUUUCAAAAUAAUAAUUUCACCUGACCCAUGAACAUAGACCACCCACAACCAAAAUGAAAUGUUUGGUGAGACAAAGUAUUAGAUGACCAUGGUAACAACAAGUAGGGCACAAACUGGAUUCGUAUUUCACAUGGCCAUUUAGAUUACCAGAGAGACCAUGCAUAAACAGUCAUCAUUAUAGUACUCAAAACAGCAAAACAGCUUCUAGCAAAAUGUAUCAAAGCUUGCAGAAGCCAGAAAUAGAAAAUAUCUCCUUUACCUCUCCUUUCCCCAACACACACAUCAACAGAGAUAAAGACAGGAACAGUUUGGUAAGCAGCAACAAGAUUUUUCCUGCAAUGAAAAAUGGCAUCUUUUGCUCUUUAUUGAGAUAGAAUUCUGGUCCCCUUUGCAGCUUGAUUGUGCUACUGAAGGAAAAGCAGUUACCACCCUGAAUAUUGUAUUUUUUCAAACAUCAUCAGGAUUUCGGGAGCUCUGCCUCUGUGGGAAGUGUGGUCACAAGUCUAGUGCAACAAACGUGUGUCCCUCUGGGUAUAGAUUGUGAGGAGACUCCUCAUAAAGAGAGAAAAAGAAGAAAAAAAAAAACCUCCCCCACCCCCCACCCCCACCUUUUCCUACCUCCCAAAGGCUGAACAGUGUAUAGUAUGUUACAUUUAAAU